AAUUUCUGAAAGUAUCAAUUGCAAUUCAGCAAUGAACAGCAUACCAUUGAGCAAAAUAAUCCGAUGAAAUCAGAUUUGUUUACAUUCUGUAUGUAAAAUAAUUGUUUUAUUUUGAAAGAAAAAACACAAAAUGUCCUCAGUACGAUUAAGCCAAGUGGAACGCGAUCAUUUGGCGUUACUACAACGUCCGGCCAGUGAAGUCCUAGAACUAUGUAAGUCGGCAUUCGACUACCUGGUGAACGGGCCCAACUUAGAGCGCUAUGACAUGUUGGCCAAGAAAUAUGCAGGUGAUGUGAAUAGUGAAGCGGUGCAGCGAGCAGUGGAAGCCUUAAUAUCACUGUUAAUCCAUGUAACCACCAAGUCCACACCUAAUGGUGAACAGGUUAAUAUGCGCAAUAUAUUCCCCGAUUUGAGUGACGAUGUGCUGGAGGUUCUUGAACAAUUUGUCACAAGUAAGAGAAAUUUCGUAGAGGGCUCGAUUAAAUCGGCCAAUAUUCGUGCCUACCGACUAGUCAACCUGGAUUGGCGUCUGGAGGUGCGCACUGCAUCUCGCUGCUUGUUGCAACAAUCAAAUAUAGUAAUAACAAUGAAGCUAUAUCUGCAUACUGAGCCGAAAAACGAAAAUCGCGAACUGCUCGAAAUAGAUACGUCCGAACGUAGCGAGAAUGAGCUAAAAGCAAUGCAUGAGGAUGAGCGACGGCACCGUAAGGAUCUUAUAGUGCAAACGGAUGUCAGCAGUCUGGUGUACCUAAUCAAAACCCUCGAGGAUGCCUUGGCGGAGUCGAAGACGCGUCGCAUCAAAAACAUUGUCAAUGCCAUACACUAAAGGAAUAUAUGUAUAUGUAUAUAAUUUUAAUUGUUAAGUCAAUAUAUUAAACAUAUUUUAAGCUGGA